AUUCAAUAGGUGGCUCUAGCUCUGAUAACAGCCACGUAAGAUUGACAAAUUGACAAUGACGUUUACCAAUUUCCAAUUUAUUUCUCUUUUCAGUUUCUGAAAGAAAAGAAAUGUAAUUAAUAUGUUAAAAUCCUUAAGUUUUAUCGCAUAGUAUAAUUUUAAUUUGACAAAGAAAAACAACAAUGUCUGAGCCAAAUGGUGUGGCUAUGCCACAAACAACACCACAAUAUCAGUUUAAUGGUAUUAGCUCUAACAACACAUCAAGAGGAUCUUCACCACUACCCCAAGCUAGCCAUAUACCAUCUUCACAAUUACCUCCACUGAAAAGUGGUAUACCACCAUCCCAAUUACCUCCCACGAGAAGUUCAGUUUCGGGACUAGUUAGAAAUGUUAGUCAGUUAAGUGUAUCAAGCCAGAACACUCCUAAUGUCAGUCCAAGUAAAUUUAGCACAUCCACGCCCAAUGAAGAAAAAUUAAGGAUGUCAGAACUUAGUGACAAUGCAUCUUCUUUAGUGCCAAAUCCAGAUGUUGUGCCAGUGCGUCAAUAUGUCUCCUCGGAUGCUUUAAAUAAGAAUAUAGCAUUACCUAAGGCUAGUAACAUAAACUCUUUACCAAGUAAUACAAUAAGUGAUACUCCUAGAGCUGUACCAUCAAGUCAGCUUAAUAUGAGUACUCCAAGCAGAUAUUUUAACGAAAAUGGAUCUAAUUUUACUAAUGUAAUUAAUGGUUCUCUACAGAGCAAUUUCAGAACAGAAACUCCUCAGAAUUUCAUACCCAUGCAAAAUAGCCAGGUUGAGAAAAAAUCUGGUGAACAUGGUCAGAAUCACAGUGGGAAACAAACUAAUCCAACAUUGAAUUAUCCACAACAAAUAUCAACUUUCAGUCAGUCAAAUACUAAUACUAAUAGUUUUAGUAGAAACACCCCUCCUACUGCUAAUUCACAGCUAGUUAGCACUAACCAAUUGCAGUCAUGUUCAGUUGCUCAAAGUAAUAUAAUUUCAAAUUCUCAAAAUCCUAGCCCAUACACGUUUUCUGGAGUAUCCACUUUAAAUCAGACAAAUCAAACUCAUCCUUCGCAGUUUAAUUUAUCACAAAGUUCUACACUAUCUUCACAAAAUACUAACUCUAAACCUCCAGUACAAGUGCCACAAAAUACUAUUAGCAAACCUUCAAAACCAAGAUAUCCUCAAACAUUACCAUCCAAUUUAAUGCAACCACAAAUUCCUGGUGGAGGCAUACCUCCCAGUUCUCAGUAUAAUGCUAGUUUACAUAAUCCAAAUUUGCUUAGUCAGUCACAAGCUGAAUCUUCCCAAUCAUAUCUUAACCCACAGGUCAGUUUCAAUAAUAAUUCUAUGCCACCUAACCAAUCAUUCUAUAAACCUCAAGUUGGUUUGAAUGGUCCUGCAUCCUUACCUUCCUCUCUACCAACAAAACCUGGUAUAUCUGCUAAUAGAUAUCCUGCGCAAGCACAAGUCCCUCUUCAAAACCCACCAGGCCAGUACCCUCAGCAGCAGCAGUAUCCUCAACAACAGCAGCAGCAGUUACAUUACCCUCAACAGCAGCAUAUGCAAUAUCCGCAACAACAGCAGAAAGCUCAGUAUCCCCAGCAACAGCAGCAGUUACAAUAUCCCCAACAACAGAAACAGAUGCAGUAUCCUCAGCAACAGCACAGUCAAACUGGGCCUGUUGUACAAAGUGGCUUUAAUAGAUUAUGGGGCACUGACAGUCAUGAUUUACUUCAACUACCCAAUAUUUUACCAACUACAAAAGUGCAACCGCCACAAAUUAACUUAGGACAAGAUGCUUUAAAUAAGGCAAAUUGUAGUCCUGAGGUUUUUCGUUGUACUAUGACUAAAAUACCUGAGACAGCAGCACUAUUACAGAAAGCUCGACUACCGCUGGGCAUGUUAAUACAUCCCUUUAAAGACCUUAAUUAUCUACCUGUAAUUCAGUGUAAUGUUAUUGUGAGGUGUCGAGCAUGUAGGACGUAUAUAAACCCUUUUGUUUCUUUUGUCGAUUCGAAACGUUGGAAAUGUAAUCUGUGCUAUAGAAUUAAUGAGUUGCCAGAAGAAUUCCAGUAUGAUCCAGUUAGUAAAACAUAUGGUGAUCCUUCGCGUCGACCAGAAAUAAGAAGUAGCACUAUUGAAUAUAUAGCGCCUGCUGAAUAUAUGCUCAGACCUCCACAACCAGCUGUUUACUUGUUUUUAAUUGAUGUUUCUAGGUUAGCUAUUGAAAGUGGCUAUUUGGAAAUUUUGUGCAAUAUUCUUCUAGAGGAAUUAAAAAAUAUACCAGGAGAUGCACGGACACAAAUUGGCUUUUUAGCUUAUGAUUCGGCUCUUCAUUUCUUUUCUUUAGCAGAGGGUUUAAAUCAACCACAUGAAAUGACUGUGUUGGACAUUGAGGAUGUCUUUUUGCCAACUCCUGAUAAUCUGUUGGUGAACUUAAAGGACAGACUGGAAUUAGUGGAGGAUUUGUUGAAGCUGUUACCAGUAAGAUUUGGCAAUACUUUUGAUGGAAGUAGCGCCUUAGGUGCCGCUUUGCAAGUGGCACACAAAAUGAUGGGACCAACAGGAGGAAGAGUUACAGUUUUUCAAGCAGCCUUGCCUAAUAUUGGCCCAGGUGCAGUAACAUCAAGAGAAGAUCCGAAUCAAAGAUCAUCAGCUGAAGUAGCUCACUUAAACCCGGCUAACGAUUUUUAUAAGAAAUUAGCCUUAGAUUGCUCAGCUCAACAAGUUGCCGUUGAUUUGUUUAUUGUCAACUCCCAAUAUGUCGAUAUUGCUACAAUAUCUGGUAUAAGUAGAUUCAGCGGAGGUUGUAUUAAUCAUUUUCCGCUAUUUAAAUCAUCGAGACCUUUAUUAGUUGAUGGUUUUCAAAAAUGUCUGAGAAGGUACCUAACCAGAAAAAUUGGAUUUGAGGCUGUCAUGAGGGUUAGGUGUACCAGGGGACUUUCUAUACACACUUUCCAUGGCAAUUUCUUCGUCCGCUCUACCGACCUUCUGUCAUUACCAAAUGUCAGUCCAGACGCUGCUUUUGGUAUGCAAGUGUCUAUCGAAGAAAAUUUAUCCGAUUGUCAGACCGUAUGUUUCCAGGCAGCUUUAUUAUACACAUCUAGUAAAGGAGAAAGAAGAAUUAGAGUCCAUACUUUAUGUAUUCCCGUAGCUUCUACACUUAAUGAUAUAAUACAUUCAGCAGAUCAACAAUGUGUGGUGGGCUUAUUAGCUAAAAUGGCUGUGGAUAGAUCAAUGCAAUCGUCCUUAUCAGAUGCCAGGGAAGCACUUAUUAAUGCAGCAAUUGAUUGUUUAUCAGCCUAUAAGUUUUCCCUAAAUAUGGGCUCUGGAUCAUCAGGUUUAUUAGUUCCAGAAUGCCUAAAACUCUUGUCUUUGUAUAUAUCAGCUAUAUUGAAGCAUGCUGCAUUUAGAAUAGGCAGUUCAACAAGGUUAGACGAUCGUGUAAAAGCGAUGAUAGACUUGAAAACCAAACCCUUACCACUCUUGCUGCAAAGUAUAUAUCCAGAUAUGUACCCUAUACAUAACCUCGAAAACCAAGAGGUUAUAAUAAACGAAGAAGAGGAGCCUGUACCCUUACCGCCUAGGUUACAGUUGACCGCCCGUUGCCUUGAGAACAAAGGCGCCUUUCUUCUGGACUGCGGCGAUCAAAUCCUGAUCCUCGUCGGCCCGAACGUAUCCAAGGAGUUUUUGAACGAGGCCUUAGGCGUGCCGGAUUACGCUUCCAUUACAGACAGUUUUUGUGAAAUUCCCUUGCUGGAUAAUCCAUCCAAUGCGCGACUGCAUAAUUUUAUCAACUAUCUUAACGACGAGAAGUCUUAUCCGGCACCGCUGCACGUGAUAAGAGAUAAUAGUCCGAACAGAAUAGUUUUCCUGGAGAAACUGGUCGAGGAUCGAUUAGAGAAUUCGCUUUCUUACCACGAAUUUUUACAGCAUCUUAAAACGCAAGUGAAGUGAAAAUUGAGGUAGUCCUUUUUUUAGUUUUCUGUUUAGAAAAUAAAUGAAGAAGGUUCUUUGAAUGAAUUUAUACCGGGUGGCGAUGAGUAGUAUUUCUGCCUGUAAUCUUUAACUUUUACAGAUAAAAAUAAAUAUCAGUUAUUCACAGUGUAGCAAAAAGGUUCCCAACAAUGGUACUUUUUUGUUAUUGAGUUGUCCAAAAAAAGUUUAUGCGGAAUUUCUUCAGUGCAUUUCACACAGAUCAUUUUGACAUAUAUGUCAUGCGAUAACUGUCAUGGGGGCUGUCAAUAAUAGCAAAAAGGACACUUUAACUUAAUUUUAAACUUUAAAGAGUAAAUUUGAUCUUAAGAAGAGUUUGAUUUUACAUCUAUGUAUAGUUUUUCUGAAGUCAAUUGAAAUAGAUUAGGACUCUCGGCAUCGUCUGGACUAACGAAUUAAGAGUUCUAGGACUUCCAAUUGACUUUGGGAAUACUAAGACGUAAAAUCAAACUCUGAUCAACUUUACUCUUUAAAGUUUUAAGUCAAUGAUUUCUUUUUGCUACUAGAGCGAUUUUUUUCUAUCUAUUGCCACCUAAAAUUAAAUAAUAUUUUCUGUCCCAUAAUUAAUAAUUGUAAUAAAACAAGAAUGUUCAUUUUUAUUACACAAAACUUGUUGCAAUGGCUUUUAAAUAAAUUAAUCUAAUAUAUCGUUUUCUUUUUUUCUGAAUGGAGAUGUCAGGUCAUUUAGAAAGUCUAUAAAAUUAUCAUCAAUUUUAUUAGUUCAAAAUUUUGUUUUCUAUAGGCCAUUACUACAAAACCGGUAGUUUUAAAUUAACUGUUUUAAAAAAAUAUUUAAUUUUAAUUUUCGAUGAUAGAGAAAAUAAUAUUUUUUAGACCUUGUAUAUCUAUGAAACUUGGGAUACAGACAUAAUAUCAAACCUUUGUUGUAUUAUUUAACUUCACUUUUUGCAUAUACAAGGUGGUCCGAACUGUAUUCCGGAAACUUCGGCAGUAUAUUUUGUAGA